CGGGUCAAAGGUCGCCAUACCCCGCCCCCUUCUCCAAGAUGGCGAGCGGCAGUGGUGGGGGUGUUUCGGUGCCCGCGCUGUGGAGUGAAGUGAACCGUUUUGGACAGAACGGCGACUUCACGCGCGCUCUGAAAACCGUCAACAAGAUACUACAGAUCAACAAAGAUGAUGUAACUGCCCUGCACUGUAAAGUGGUCUGCCUUAUUCAGAAUGGAAGUUUCAAGGAAGCCUUGACUGUCAUCAAUGCACAUACCAAAGUUUUAGCCAAUAACUCUCUCUCCUUUGAGAAGGCAUAUUGUGAGUACAGGCUCAACAGAAUUGAAAAUGCCUUGAAGACAAUAGAAAGUGCCAACCAGCAGACAGACAAACUAAAAGAGCUAUAUGGACAAGUGUUAUACCGUUUGGAACGCUAUGAUGAAUGCUUAGCUGUGUAUAGAGAUCUCGUGCGAAAUUCCCAAGAUGAUUAUGAUGAGGAAAGGAAAACAAACCUUUCUGCAGUUGUUGCAGCUCAAAGCAAUUGGGAAAAAGUGGUUCCAGAGAACUUGGGCCUCCAGGAAGGCACCCACGAACUGUGCUACAACACCGCCUGUGCACUGAUUGGACAAGGCCAGCUGAACCAGGCAAUGAAAAUCCUACAGAGAGCUGAAGAUCUUUGCCGUCAGUCAUUUUCAGAAGACUCUGAUGGCACAGAGGAAGACCCACAGACAGAACUGGCCAUCAUUCACGGUCAGAUGGCCUACAUUCUGCAGCUUCAGGGCUGUACAGAGGAGGCUUUACAGCUUUACAAUCAGAUAAUAAAACUGAAGCCAACAGAUGUGGGAUUACUAGCUGUAAUUGCAAAUAACAUCAUUACCAUCAAUAAGGACCAAAAUGUCUUUGACUCCAAGAAGAAGGUGAAAUUAACCAACGCAGAAGGAGUAGAGUUUAAACUUUCCAAGAAACAACUGCAAGCCAUAGAAUUUAACAAAGCUUUACUUGCUAUGUACACAAACCAGGCAGAGCAAUGUCGCAAAAUAUCUACUGGUUUACAGUCCCAAAGUCCUGAGCAUCUCCUGCCAGUGUUAAUCCAAGCAGCCCAGCUCUGCCGGGAAAAGCAGCACACAAAAGCAAUAGAGCUGCUUCAGGAAUUUUCAGAUCAGCAUCCAGAAAAUGCAGCUGACAUUAAGCUGACCAUGGCACAGUUGAAAAUUUCUCAAGGUAAUAUUUCCAAAGCAUGUCUAAUUCUGAGAAGCAUAGAAGAAUUAAAGCAUAAACCAGGCAUGGUAUCUGCAUUAGUGACCAUGUAUAGCCAUGAGGAAGAUAUUGAUAGUGCCAUUGAGGUCUUCACACAGGCUAUCCAGUGGUACCAAAACCAUCAGCCCAAAUCUCCUGCUCACUUGUCCUUGAUAAGAGAAGCAGCAAACUUCAAACUCAAAUAUGGGCGGAAGAAGGAGGCAAUUAGUGACCUAGAACAACUGUGGAAACAAAAUCCAAAAGAUAUUCACACCCUGGCACAGCUUAUUUCUGCUUACUCACUUGUGGAUCCAGAGAAAGCAAAAGCUCUUAGUAAACACUUGCCCUCAUCAGAUAGUAUGUCUCUAAAAGUAGAUGUUGAGGCCCUCGAAAAUUCUCCUGGUGCUACGUACAUUCGGAAGAAAGGUGGAAAAGUCACCGGAGAUAGUCAACCAAAGGAGCAAGGUCAGGGAGAUUUGAAAAAGAAGAAGAAGAAAAAGAAGGGAAAACUGCCUAAGAAUUAUGACCCAAAAGUUACCCCAGAUCCAGAAAGAUGGCUGCCAAUGCGAGAACGUUCUUACUACCGAGGAAGAAAGAAGGGUAAAAAGAAGGAUCAGAUUGGAAAGGGCACUCAGGGAGCAACUGCAGGAGCUUCAUCUGAACUGGAUGCCAGUAAAACUGUUAGCAGUCCUCCCACCUCCCCAAGACCUGGCAGUGCAGCAACCGUAUCUGCCUCUACAAGUAACAUCAUACCCCCCAGACACCAGAAACCUGCAGGAGCUCCAGCAACAAAGAAGAAACAGCAACAGAAAAAGAAGAAAGGAGGAAAAGGUGGCUGGUGAUUAGAAUGUUCUCAUGCUGGGCUGUUUUUAAGCUAGUCUCAGUGACCCUGGGAGCAUAAUAAAGGUAACGCAAUGAAAAGCAUAGAACUGCUCCCUCUUCCAUCCCGUUUCCUUAAAAUAAUUUCUUGUGCAUCAAAUAAGAAAACAUCUUCCUCUGACUGUCCAGUUAGAUUUGGCCUACUUGUCCCACAUAGUUUUGCACACAUUAUGAGGACUGGAGAUGAUCAGGCAUUUACCCACCUUGAUACCUAUUGCAUCCUUUAUCUUUGUUUGUUGAUUUGAUCUUUUUUCCAUUUCACAAAUAAGACACAUUACCUGAGGUUUCCCAGGAUUUAAACAGAAACUGUUUCUUCCGUCUCAGCUAGAAUCUGAAGAUUGAAGGCACUUGUUCCUAUCAAGUCCCACUUUAAAUUAUGUCUCAGGAGGCUCUUGGAGACUAAAAGUGGAAUCUUCUGAGCAUUCCAAAUAUUUGCUUAGAAAUAUGUGGUAAAAAGGGACCUUAGUAAGACACUGGUGGUCUUCGCUUAGCUAAAUGAGUGGCCACAAACAGACUACAUACAGUAAAUGUCUUAAAUAAUUUUAACCACAAAUUAUCUGUCAUGUGACACUAGAAUAUGAAAUACUUUUCAUUUACAUGGCACCUUUGUGCCCUUUAUCAUUUUCAUUUUCAGAUUAUGUUAACAUGCUGAUUUAGCACCACUGAAGACUUCAAGAAAAUACAUCAGUGUUGCAAGUAGUUCACUCUUAGACCCCGUGUCAGAGGUCAGAGGGUUUGGAUUAUCAAUCAGAAAGGUUAAUGUUCCUAUCAAGAAUAUGAAAGUUUAAAAAAAAAAA